AUGUCAAAUUUGGCAAAAGAUGUCUGCUUAUAUUUGGCUCAGGUUGCCGAAUAUUUGAGCCAAUCAGAAGAUCAAACAAAUAAAAAGGACAUAUUAAUGAUGAUUGGAGGGUAUAAGAAGCCAAAAAACUACAAUAUAAGUGCAAGAACUAGGAUUAUAAGCAAAUUUGAACUUAUGGAAAAAGUGAAAAGCUACUUGAUGGCUAUAAUUGCCACUCGAACAUUAGAUAUACCUAAACACAAGCUAGGAAAACUGUCACCAUACUUACGUACUAUUGCGACACUGGAAAGACUUGAUCUAAACAUAAUUAUUAUUGUGGCUAGAGAUUGCAUUCACCAGCAAUUAUGCAGUGUAGUGAUAAAAUCUGAAUUACAAAUCAAAGCAAACCAUACUUUUGAACGUGUAAGGAGGAAUGUGCUUGGUGUUGUAGGUACUAAAGACAUUGGUCGUGCAGAAGCAGAGAAGAUAAAUGAGGAGGAGGAGGAGAAGAAGAAGAAGAAGAAGAAGCAGGAAAAAGAUUUGUCAUCAUCGGCAACAAAAAUCUUUCAUGUAUCACCUACGUCUUCUCUUGCACAAGAUUUAGCAGCUUUAAAUAAAGGAAGUCUUACUCAAUUUCAGAUUUUGGUAUCGUAG